CAAUCUUUGGUUGUCAGGUCGAGAGUUGCUAUCGCGACAAAGCAGCGGUUUGUAGUCGUGCAAACAAAACGUGGUGGUAGCCCAAUAAGAAUGAGCUGGACAAAAUAGCUGACUGUAACUUUUGAAAUGCAGAGGAUACCUCGCCUGGAGAGUGAUAGCAACCUCUUGAAACAACUUAAAUAUAACUAUGAAACGCCGGAAGGUCCUCGAUAUCAGGUAUUGUUGGUGAAGAGGCGCACCAGUAAAAUCUAUACUCCAACCAUAUCUGAUGAUUCGUGGCAGCUAAAGUACAAAAGAAGAUUCCAUAACUUGUCAUGCGGAUUUUUUAGCAAUAUCAGUCAGCCAUUUGAGUCUGUGGGACUUGUCCAUCUUGAUGCAAAAGAUUUACUGGCUGACUGCAUCACUUACACACAGCUCAGAGAGAAGUUUUCGAAAUUGGCAGACACAAGCCCAAAUUGCCAUGGAAGAGGAUACCUGCCAGAUAACAGGGACUUACAGUCCCAGCAAAAGCAAAGCACCCAGGAUGUUGAUUCUAAGAUUCCACUAAGUCAGUAUGAGUCUGCAGGAAUGGAAGGAAUACGUAACCUUUUGCACGAAUCGACCAAGCACAUUGCUGAUGUCACUGCUGGCCAGCCUUUCGAAGAGUGUGUGCGGCAAACACAGGCAAACAGACAGACUGAGAGCUCAAUCAAAAGGAAGGAAGAUGGUGCUAUGGUGCUGAUGUCUCUGUCUGAGCUAGAGAUACCAAAGUGCACACCUGUUGUCCUUGAGGAACAGGGUGACGAGCAACAAGAGUAUAGGGGCAAGGAGAAUGAUGAAUAUAAACAAAACCACAAGGAGUCAACCAGCUGGCAUGUCGCACCAGAAUCAGAUGUCACGCUGCCCCCACGGGAGAUGAGUAAGAAAAAAAGACAGCUGCUAGGCAAGCUACGCAGCAUUUACCAGUUGCUUUGUACCAUCUUCAAUAUGAGUCCCAGACAUCUAAAGACCCGCCAGCCAAUGUCAGCCAAACUUUUGGAACUGCUCGCUACCAGCUCACCUUACAAAAAUAAGGAUGCCCUCCAGGGCAUGACAGGCCUUCGUGCAACUGGUGGGAUUUUAUCCCAUGCAGGAAAAUCAUGUGAUCUCACAUCAGCUAGCUCUGAUACUGUAGCUUCCCCAGACGUUGGUGCAGUGUCUCAAACCAGCAAGGCUCCUGUAGCCCUAAAUGUUGGGCGCAGGAUAAAGACGAAUGUAAAGCCAACGUCGACAGAGAAGCAGACACCGAGACUUGAAACCUGGGAAGAUCUCUUUAAUGUAGGGGGCGCCACCGAUGGAACACAGUCACAGAGCACAGCAACUGGAAGUUAUCAACGGCAGUCUAUCAAAAGACAGGAAGAGGUCUCAGACGACAGAAAGGAAAUACAACGAACUCCUCCAUGGCAGUCUAUUAUUGAUACUAACAGGGAGACGGAGCCAAGUCGUCGGACCAGCAGGAGGCAGCAGAGGUCAACAAAAACCAUGGUACCGCAUAUGAAACAAGGCUUCAACAAACUGAAAGAUUCUGCAGGUGCCCGCUGUAAGAAUGCAUUGGAGAGGAUUGACAGGGAGAUGUGUACAGUCUAUAGACAGAAGUUUCUCUCUCUAAAACUGAGUCCCCUUUACGAACAGAACCUUGCAGCUAUGCGGACGUCAGCCAAAAGGAUCUACAGAGAUGUGGACGUCAACAUUAAACCGGCACAAUGGUAUCAAGACCUCAAUGCAGAGGUAAGCGAGCUUGCAGGCAAGAAUGACAUUGAGAUAGAGGGUGCUGUGGCUCAGCUCAGCUCUUUCAUGGCAGAAGAUUCACUAACAAUUGCUCAUGGACAGCAAAAGCUAUGCCUCAUCGUCAUGUCUAUGCCCAUAUUCGACCUAUGUACCAUUAGCAUGCAAGCUGCGAUUCUGUUUGUGCUUGAUAAAAUUCUACAUGGGCCUGAAGAGCAACUACACCAAUGGAUGCUCCUGCGCAAAUUUCCUGUAGGUGGCAUCAUCUAAUUAUUGAUGAUAUUUGUGUCAAGAUGUUAGUAACAACAUGUUGAGUAACAAUCGUCCUGCGACGAACGUGUGUAACAAUCGUCCUGCGACGAACGCGUGUGUUACAGUCAUCCUGCGACGACCGUGUGUAACAAUCGUCCUGCGACGACCGUGUGUAACAAUCGUCCUGCGACGACCGUGUGUAACAAUC